UUAAUAUUUUGAUUUAACAGAAAUAAUUACAAUUACUAUAACCAAAAAUUAUCAAUUUCAAUAAUGGAAACGAAGGAUUUCAUUGAUUUUGGCAAAGCAAUUAUCGAUUUUAUCGCUAAUUAUACGGAGAACUUGAGAGAGAUGAAUGUCCUACCGAAUGUCGAACCAGGAUAUCUUAGUAAACUAUUGCCGGAAGAACCACCACAGAAGCCAGAAAGUUGGCAAGAAGUGCUCAAAGAUGUGGAACGAUACAUUUUACCAGGAACGACUCAUUGGAAUUCCCCCAAUUUUUAUGCUUUUUAUCCAACAGCAAACUCCUAUCCCGCCAUUAUGGGUGAUCUUUUAUGCAAUAGCAUUGGUGGUAUAGGAUUGUCAUGGAUAUCUUCGCCAGUAUCUACCGAACUCGAAGUAAUUGUAAUGAAUUGGCUUGGAAAAUCAUUAGCAUUGCCAGAUGAAUUUUUAAAUUGCAAUGGAAGUCGUGGAGGAGGUGUUAUAGAGGGAUCAGCAAGUGAAACCACAUUAUUAUGUUUGUUAACAGCAAAAGAACAAACUGUGCGCUAUAUAAAAAGUCUUCAUCCAGAAUGGGAAGAAGGUUUUAUCAAGGCCAAAUUGGUUGCAUAUACUUCUGAUCAAUCGAAUUCUUCGGUAGAGAAAGGUGGUAAGCUGGCAUCAGUUAUCAUGAAAUUUUUAACUACUGAUGAAAAAUAUGCUCUUCGAGGUGAAACAUUACUCAAAGCGAUCAAAGAGGAUUUGAAGAAAGGUUUGAUACCAUGUUGUGUAAUAGCUACAUUAGGUACUACUGGUACAUGUGCAUUCGACAAUCUUAAAGAAUUGGGACCAAUUUGUAAAGAAUACAAUAUAUGGUUGCAUGUCGAUGCUGCAUAUGCAGGUUCUGCAUUCAUUUGCCCUGAAUAUCGAUAUUUAAUGUGCGGUAUUGAAUAUGCCGAUUCCUUUAAUGUUAAUGCACAUAAAUGGAUGCUAGUAAACUUUGAUUGUUCAUUGUUAUGGGUAAAGGAUUCUAAGAAAUUUAGCGAAACUUUCAAUGUAGAUAGGAUUUAUUUAAAUCAUAAUAAAUCUGGACUGCCUGAUUUCAGAAAUUGGCAAAUAUCUUUAGGUCGCCGAUUUCGUUCGUUGAAAGUUUGGUUCGUAUUACGUAUUUAUGGAAUCGAAGGUAUCCAACAUUAUAUACGACACACAAUUGAGUUGGCUAAAAUGUUUGAAAAUUAUAUUAAAAAUGACUCUAGAUUUGAAAUGAUAACCGAAAGAUCUAUGGGUUUAUGUUGUUUCAGAAUAAAGGGUGACGAUUGUUUAACCAAGGAGCUUAUCGAUCGAUUAACAAUCGGAAGAAAGAUUUAUGUAACAGCUGGAAUGUGUCGCGAUAAAAUAAUCGUCCGAUUUGUAGUAGGUUGUCGUUUGUCUCGCGAAGAGGAUAUCACCUUUGCGUGGCGCGAAAUCACAAAUCAUACAACAGAAAUUCUCAAAUCUUUGAAACAUUCUUCUAUAAAGGAAGAAUCUUUUAAAUCUACAAAUGAUAUAGUGACGAGGAUCGAAUGCUUGAACUUUGAAUCGAAAACGCAAAAGAUAACAUAAAACAUAUUUUUUAUUAAAUUGACAAUUCAUAAAAAAUGAAAAAUCAUAGAGGCUUUUUGAUUAGAUGUACAUCGUGAAUAAAAGUCCUUUAAAUUAUAAUAUAUU